GCUCUGGGUUGCCCCGGUCAGUCCCUGCACGGCCCUUGUCUCAGGUGUCGGGAGGACGUAGCACACCCGUGAGGCUGGCGGGCCUGGCUGCGGCCGGCUCCGAGGACGCCAGAUGCCGAAGAAGAUGGACGGACGGACAAUCAGACGAGUGUUCAGGCUCUUCCGGUCUCGGGCAGAAACCCCUUCGGAGGCCACCAGAGAUGCCAAGAGGGAGCUGGAGCAGGGGCCGGGAGAACGCCCACAUUACACCUACACCGGGGGUCCGCACUUUUUCGAAUACCUGGUGGUGGUCUCACUGAAGAAAAGGCGCUCCGAAGACUGCUAUGAGCCUACCAUCACCUACCAGUUCCCCAAGCGGGAGAACAUGCUCCGGGGCCAAUUGGAGGAGGAGGAGCGACUACUUGGUGCCAUCCCCUUGUUCUGCUUUCCUGACGGCAACGACUGGGCUCCUGUCACCAAAUUCCCCAGUGAAACGUUUUCCUUCGUUCUGACCAACGUGGACGGGAGCCGGAAGAUCGGAUACUGCAGGCGGCUUCUGCCGGCCGGCCGGGAACCUCGACUCCCAGAGGUUUACUGUAUCAUCAGCUGCAUGGGCUGCUUCGGUUUAUUCUCCAAGAUCCUGGAUGAGGUGGAGAAACGGCGGCAGAUCGCAAUGGCCGUCAUCUACCCGUUCAUGCAAGGCCUGCGGGAGGCGGCGUUUCCUGCCCCGGGGAAGACGGUCACCCUCAAGAGCUUCAUCCCGGACUCGGGGACCGAGUUCAUCGAACUCACGCGGCCUCUGGACUCUCGCCUGGAGCACGUGGAUCUGCGCUCCCUGCUGAACUGCCUGUCCCCCUCCCAGAUCCUGCACAUCUUCGCCUCCGCCGUACUGGAGAGGAGGAUCAUCUUCCUGGCCGAGGACCUCAGCACCCUGUCCCAGUGCAUCCACGCCUCCGCGGCCCUGCUGUACCCCUUCAGCUGGGCCCACACCUUCAUCCCCGUGGUACCCGAGACCCUCCUGGAUACGGUCUGCUGCCCCACCCCCUUCAUGGUCGGAGUCCAGAAGCGCUUUCUCCACGAUGUCCUAGACAGCCCCACGGAAGAGGUUCUGCUGGUGGAUUUAUGUGAAGGACGGUUCAUAAAGCAGGUAGGCGAUGAAGAGGAAAUCCUUCCCGCCAAACUUCAGAGUAGCAUCCUAUCUGCCCUCAGCCAAGAGACCUCCCACCUGCAGACUUUGGAGCAGAUCAACGAACAUGUCUCCGAGCCCUUUGUGCAGUUCUUCGUUGAGAUGGUGGGCCACUAUGCCGCCCACAUCAAGCGACCCCAGGGCAACCAGGGCAGCUUCCAGGAGCGGUCGUUCUGCAAGGCUUUGCACUCCAAGGCGAGCCGCCGGUUCCUGAAGAAGUUUGUCAAGACGCAGAUGUUUUCUUUAUUCAUCCAGGAGGCCGAGAAGAGCCAGUCCUUGCCAGCAGGCUAUUUCCAGCAGAAAAUCAUUGAGUACGAGGGACAAAAGAAGCAGAAGAAACAGAAGGAAAAGGCUGUAAAGUAGCCAGGCUCUGGGACUAAUCUCUGAGACACCCCUCCCUGGCUCCGAGCACUCCCUGCCAAUCGCUCCUUCGCCCCCUCAUCCUGCUCAGGACCCCAUCCCGGCUCAUUCCUGGGCUCUGGAACUCCGAGGGCUGGCUCUCUCUACACCUUGGGGGAUCCAUCCCCAAGGCCACUGACUGCCCAUGUGGAGACCAGACUGGGCCUCUACCCAUGGUCUGCUGCCCUGGGUCUGGGGGGGCCCAAGGGGCAGGGCUCGCCCACCCAAAAUCCAGCCAAACAUGGCCACGUGAGAAUGUGAAUUAAAAAUGACACUUGUGCCCCCACCACCGACCUGUGACCUGGGGGAGGGUGGAGAAGACGGAGGAGUGGCUGCUCUCGAGGUUGCAGGGAUGAGGCUGGGGGGAGAAUGGCCAGAGAAAACCUCAUUUCUGUCCCAAUCUGUACUUCUGGGCCCCAUUGGGUGUGACGGUGGGCCCAUCGGGCUGCUACCUCGGGGCAUCCGAGAGCGGGGCUACUUAGCGUUACUGUUGCCCAGCCAAUCCUGCCCAGCAUUCUCCAAGUUCCGGAGUUUAUCCGCAGCCCAGAUUUAUUUAUUCAUUCAAAUGUAUUUAUUGAGCGCUUACUGUGUGCACAGCACUGCAUUAAGCACU